UGUAGUUUGUCUUUACGGAAUAUUAGUCAUCAUGAGUCGCGUCAGGACAAAGACGGUCAAAAAGGCCGCAAAACUUAUCAUCGAAAAAUAUUAUACUCGAUUAACCAUGGACUUCCAUACAAAUAAAAGGAUAUGCGAAGAAAUCGCUAUUAUUCCUAGCAAAUCUUUGCGAAACAAAAUCGCUGGAUUUGUUACUCACUUGAUGAAACGUCUUAGACAUAGUCAAGUACGUGGUAUUUCUAUCAAAUUGCAAGAAGAAGAAAGGGAACGCAGAGACAACUAUGUUCCUGAAGUAUCUGCUUUGGAACAUGAUAUUAUUGAAGUUGACCCAGAAACCAAGGAAAUGUUACAAAUGCUUGGAUUUAAUAAUAUCCCAGGACUUCAACUUACACAAUCUCAAUUACCACCAUAUAGCAGACGUUCUUAAAAUUUAUUUCUUUAUAUUAAAUAAGAUUGUUAGUGUUGCAUUUUUCAAUAAAAUUGCAAGCUGACAUUCUAAAA